AUGCGUGUCUUUGUCACUGGGGCUACAGGAUUCAUCGGCCAGGCUGUGGUGCAAGAACUUCUCGAUACAGGCCACACUGUCCUUGGAUUAGCACGAUCCGAAACGUCGGCAGCGGCGUUGGAAGCAAAGGGCGUGGAUGUGAUCCGUGGCACUCUCGAAGAUCUUGAUGCGCUCAAGCGUGGUGUAUCUGAUUCUGAUGGCGUUAUCCAUCUGGCAUUCAACCAUGACUUCACCAAAUUCGCAGAGAACGCCAAAGUGGAACAGCUGGCUGUCACGGCUCUUGGGGAGGUCCUGGCAGGAUCUCAUCGCCCCUUGGUGAUAGCAUCAGGCACCUUGAUGCUCCCAAAAGGCGAGUUGGCCACCGAGGACAAACGGGCUGACACGUCAUCUCCACUGAACGUUCGUGCUUCCACGGAACAAGCAAUAGAUGUACUUGCAUCUCAGGGCGUUCGGGCAUCCGCCAUUCGUCUGUCGCCUACAGUCCAUGGUGAAAAUGAUCACGGCUUUAUCAAUAUGAUUACCCAGGUGGCACGUUCAAAAGGAGAAUCUAUUUAUAUUGGAGAUGGGCUCAACCGAUGGCCUGCAGUCCACCGCCUUGAUGCUGCUCGAUUAUUCCGAUUGGCUCUAGAGAAGGGCCGGGCCGGUGCGAGGUAUCAUGCUGUGGCUGAAGAAGGCAUCCCGAUGAGGGAUAUCUCAGAGGCUAUUGGUCAAGCUGCUGGUGUUCCAGCAGUUUCUAAAACGUUUGAGGCGGCCUCUGAACAUUUCGAUGGCGGCUUUGCGGUUUUCCCUGUGAGCCUCGAUAACCCGUCUUCGAGCAAGAAGACUCAGGAAGAGCUUGGAUGGAUCCCUUCCGGGCCAGGCCUCCUUGCCGACAUCAGAUCAGGCGUAUACACACGAGAAGACUGA